AUGAUCGUGAAAAAUUUGGUGAAAGCAGGAGAAAGGUUUGAUAACAGAAAAAUCGAAGAGGCUCGGAGGCUUGAGGUGGAGAGGAUAUCAAACUCCUGCCUUGUAACCAUGGGGGCGUCCCAGCUGCUAACUGUGUUUCAGAAAAGUACAUCGAGGCCAUACAUCGACAGGCCGCACGAAGGAAUAGUGAGCUUUAGUGUGUCCACGGGGGCAAAGAAAUACGAGAGGCUGGUCAACUUCCUGCACAAGGUGUAUAUCAAGCAGAAGAGUAUCGAUCUUGAGAGUCUAUGCAUUAGACUAAAUGAGGAAGUCGUGCUUAUUCACAUAGAUCUGCGAGUUUUAUCUGGAGACGGAAGUAUCUACAGCCUUGCGAUCAGCGGUGUAAACUCCGUGCUGGAAGCACUUGGGGUUCGAAUGAACUAUGUGCCCCAAUGCUUCUUCUACUGCUCGAUUGGUGGCGUGGUUGUUACGGAUCCCUCUGAGGAUGAGCAGAACAAAGGAGAUUGGAGCUGCGUUGUUAUAAUGAAGUCGCCUAAGGAGGUUGUUCUUCUUGAGAAGAUGGGAAGGGAGUGCUCGGUAGAAGCGGUGCUUGAAACGGUCUACAAAUCAGCUAAGGACUCUGUCGUGGAAGUUCCUGGAAUUGAAGGAGAAGAAUGA